AUGUCCACCCGCCCCACCGAGGAAGCGCCUAUUAAUCCUCAAGUGGGGAGUAAAUUCUUCUCUGCGCCGCUUGAGAUUCGUCAAAUGAUCUACGGCUACAUCUUUCCUUAUGGAGUCCAUGCAUACCUCCGUCAGGGCAAACUUCACUCAUCAGCAUGCGUUGAGCCUCGCGCAAAUGGUGACUAUGAUGGCGGUGAACGACGUGAUGAGUCGAGUGAUUGGCGUACUCCAGGUCCGAUAUGGUCGCGCCGUCUGCAGUCCUCAUGGGGACCCCAUUGGAAAUGCGAAGAGGUGGCCUUAAGCAUGGGCCGCAGCUGGGAGGCUGCAGGCGACGCAGACAUGGUAAUGCUCCGAGCGUGCAAGAGAAUGUACAUUGAUAUUAUGACCUUUAUAGUCGAUAUAGCAGCCGUCCAUGUGACAGACCUCGAUACGCUUGGCUGCCUUCUUCAAGAAGCAACGACAGUUUCGCCAGGAACGUGGACUGUUUCUGGAUAUCUGGCAACCGCCCUCCCACUGGUUCGGAAUUUGAGCGUCGUUUUAAGGCUUCCUUUGACAACAUGCAAGAUACUAGAGAGCUCCAGUGACCAUGGGAGUGCUCCCACUUCGACAACGAACGCGACUGCCUGGUUUCGAUUAUGUCCCGCAAUAGCUCGACUCAAGAGACUCUUAAGACUCCACAUUUGGUUGGACCACGACGGCGAGUCAUCCUGGUCUGUUGUUAACGAGCGUGCCAUCCUGUCGCCCCUCACCGCGUUAACCGACAUCUCCGGUUUAGACAUUUCCGUUAGCCUCCCUCACCUACAUCACCGAUACGAAACCCCUGAACGCCACUUCGUAAAGCAAUGGCCUUCCCCGCCUUUCACCAUCGAGCGGAGGCUACGGCAGCGAUACCAUGUCGUGGAGACGGACCCUGGCCGGUUCGACGUGAGUUACCAAGCAGAUUUCCCCUAUCUUUAUAAUUACUACCGGGAUUUGUCCGAGGACGAGGUAGAAUAG